AUGGAGGACCGGGCGCCUACUACUCGGUUGCCUCAACGAUCUGUUACUCCCACCACAAUCACAUCCCAACUACCUGCGUCAAGCCAGUCUAAACUGCAGAAGAGGAGGCCUUCAAGAGAUGACGAGACAAACUCCAGAGGUGUUAUAAGUCAACAAGCUCCUGCGCAAGCAGUCAGCUCUCGUCCAAGGAAAACAAGCCGGUCUACACCUAUGUUUCCGCAACACCCAAGUAUCGCCAGCUCGAAACCCUCACCACAGAUCUCAACGUCACGAUUACCAAAGCUUGAAGUUCCCGCAAGCAUACGCACGCCUUCGCUCGCCUCAGGCUCAUCCGCGUCAACUAUUGAAAGCCCUCGAUCAAAUGUACUCAGGAGGAAACAAACAAGUGUUGGUGCUGCAAGUGGUCGGCCAGCUACACGGAUAAGAGACGACUCCAUAUCGUCCCAAGACGAUAGGCAAUUGAUGGAGGGUAUACCUGGAGGAUACAAAGACCCUUUCUCUGAGACGGUUCUGGGGAUUUCUUUACCGCCGUCUUCGACCAUCCUAGCUCGUUCAGAGACCCAAGUCGAUUCGUACACCAAUCCUCUGUAUGAUUAUGAGAUUGGUCCUACGGACAUACUUCCUCUUCCAACACCGCAAUAUGCCCUCUCCGCAACACCUUCUACUCGUUACUCAGAUUCCCCUGGGCCGUUCAGCGUAUCAUCAACUCCUACGUCUAUGUCGUCCUACUCGCCGGGUACAACAUUAUCUAGGGCCUCGAAUCGAACACGGCAAGCUAGUCCGUUGCAGAGUAGGCCGCCAGUCACCCGGCAUAAGACUCCAGAUGAAACCAACACUCGUCAUCCUCACACACUCUCUACCGUCAGGGAGUCCUCUACCUCAUCGUCAUCCGCGUCUACCGUUGUUACAGAUGCAACGAAGUACAAAGACGUCCAGUCACCCAACGGUCUUGCUACUCUACCCCAGAGUCCUCGGGUAUCUGACGUUAUAUCUGGCGUAGAAGAGAGGCCUCGUACCCAGGCGCCUCCGGAGUUUGCUCAUCUUGCUGAUCAGUCGCCUGCGUCAAUGCCGACAGCGAGGCGACCUUCGAGACCUAGCAGAGAUGGUACCCCCGAGAUAUCUGGACUUCGUGGCCCAUCACCGAUAAUUCAAAGCAAUAUGCUCAACUUCCCAUCCCAUCACAAAAGAACCGCGUCAUCUGAGUCUAGGACCGGUCUCAUCACUGCAAGGUCCAAAAUCAGUAUUCCUGCCAAACCUUCUUCACGAAACCCUUCGCCAAAUCCUUCUUCGACACUACCGACAGCUACCAGAGCACCGGCUCGUGGACCGACACCCGACGUUAAGCAAGACCGGAAGCCACGAAGGACCAGUACUGGCCCUGCGCCAGCGCCAGCUCCUGCUCCAAGCCCGAGUAAAACUUCUAGGUUUGGAUUCUUCACCCGUCGUACUAAGACCGAGCCUACUCCAGCAGCGAAGUCCGAGAACAAGCUCCACAGAAGAGGACCAGCUGCCGGGACCGGCCACGAAGGCUAUGGAAGAUAUGCAGUGAGGGGUCGAAGUGGAAGCUCAGUCAGUACCAACAGCAUCGGACGAUCCGCCAGCGCUGGGACUACCUCUGAGAGCUUGGAUAAAACCCCCUCAACCCGCAAAAGUAGCAUGACUAGCACAACGAGCGGAGAGAUGGAUGACUUCUUUCUCAACCGGCUUGCUCCCGUCGUUAUUCGAGGUACCGGAACGAGCUCAGAACUGUCGCGAAGCCCAGAACCAAUGCAGUCUAGCAGUAGUCUAGAUGUCUCAGUCAGCCACGGAUUUGAACUAAACAAGACUAUGAGUAACUCUUCACAAUCUGUACUGGACAAGAACCGGCCAACGUUGCUACCUUCUGCGAUGCCGGAUAAUGUACGCAAUGGAUCUCCCAUGAAAAAGAUGACUCUAGGAUUGCGAAGGCCUUCUGAGAGCGAUGAUGAUACAAAGAGGUCGUUCCUACCUUCCAUGGCCUCGAAACGGACUUCACGCGCUUUGCAGACCGCUCAGGGUCCGAAUGCACGGUCGGGCUCGACUAGCCGGAUCGCUGGGAAGGUUCGCAAGAACUCUAUAAGCGAAGCUGCCGCUGAGAUCAAGGAGGGCAGUUGGUUGAAAUCGUCAAAGAAGAGCAAGGCCGAGACGGAGGCCCCAAAGCCCUCAAAGAGAUGGAACUUCUUUCAACGGGCUCAUGCCGGACCACGCACAGCGACACCUGCGGCUCCUGCUGCCAGCCCCGUGGAUCAAGCGACUGUUUCUCGCUCUAUUGCGCACUAUGCUUUGAUGGACCAGUCCGGCCUUGAGCUGGACGACAUUGAGCAGCUGAUGCAGGAGGUCGAUGAAGGAACUGAGAGCGCCCUUUCGGACGACGAACCAGGGAGAAGGGAGCGAAUGCAGUCUAUGCUUCUUCCACCUAAACCAGUGAUGCUGUCCAACUCUACAGCACCCGUACGAUCGGCUUCGCCCAAGGUCUUCUUGCGUCCAGAGGCACAACCACAGCCAGAACACCAACAAAGCAAACUGAGUAUCGAUACGAGUUCCCGGGCGUUGUCCCGAAAUUCGGACCGUUACUCGCUGGCAGACCUGACUCCGGUCACGGAUCUCUCUCGACCCUCAUCGCCCUUUGGUGAGCCAUCGCCGGUUCGUGACAAAGAUCUCGCGCCACCUAUGGACGUAGCUGUUCCCUCGCAGCCUGAGCCUGAGUUCAUAAGCGAGGUACCUACUCAAGAUGAGUUUGUCCUUCCUCAGAAUCUCCCAUCACCUGGUCCACCACCCACGAGCCCACCUCCUCGACCGAGUCGCUUGGCUCAAGUCGGGCGUAUCCCUCAAGUCGUCUCAAGUCGUCGCCAGCCACGCCGUCCUUCUUCGCAAUCGUUCUCUCGCCCCUUCGUAUCGAACCAACCUCGUCCAGCAGCUCCUCCUCGAACGUCUUUUGACUCGAUUGGUUCCGUUGUCGCGAUUGCUGGUCCGGCCGAGCCGUAUCCUGUUUUGCAUGGCUUGAGCGCCCUAGCCCACGGAUCGGCUAUCGCUACGAUUAGCCCAAUGGAGGACGAAGCCAACCGUCGAAGCGAGUUCUUCAAAUUUCCACCCCGCAAAGACUCUGAAGUGUCCUAUUCGAGCAGUUCAGGCAUCUGGAGCUUUGCGCCCGCUGUCGGUACAGCUAUCGUGCCCAGUCCCAGCGCUCCGUUAUCAGACGAUGAACUUUGGAACGAGUAUGACGAUCUGAUCGAUGAAGUGCUCUCGCCUGUAACCUCUCGCACGAACGAGGACAAGAACAGCCUUCGCAGUCACCCGUCUCUUGAACCAAUGCCUCUGAGACCCAAGGCGCCGCGUAACGCUCCCGCAUCGGACAAUGACGAUGAGGUUACGAAUCCUUCGCUUCAUCUUCGUCGGUCUCGUCUACUUGCAGUGCUACAUUCCGCUCAGUCUCCUACUUCAUCGAUCUCUUUCUCAGAGUUCAUCUCAGACUACGGUGAGCGAAAGAUCAGCGUCAUAGACCCCGUUACUGGGAGAUUGAGCUUGCCUUCCAGCCCUCAGCUAUCAACUGGGACCGCUACGAAGCGCUCAACUCGCUCCAGUCUACCGGCUUCGUUGUCGCAAAGUGCCCGACAGUCCAAAGCUACUAUUACCUCAAAGUCAAGCAAAGAUCGCGAAAGUGUCAACACCAACCGAUAUCGAGACACGCGCUUGAUGGACAUUGCCGAAAGCCAAAAUGAUGGGCUCUUAUCUAUGGCUAACCUUCGUUUCGGAGCCCUCAUGACGAGCAAGUGGCUCUCAUUCGGGCGCGUCUUAUUCAGUCCCGUGCACUUUGAACUGAAGGACCCAAACGAGGACCGUGUGCUUGUUAUCGAUGGUCUUGGCAAAGACUGGUCUUACUACUGCGCGCUCACUUACCCAGAGGCGACGGUGUAUGAUAUGGGGCCCGAUCCAUCAUCAACCACAUCAUCCGAGGGCGCAUCUGAACCAUGGUCAACACUCCGUAAUCACCGCCACAUCUGCCACCCUUCUCUCGGCAAGGCUUUCCCGUUUCCGAUGCACUUUUUCGCUUGCGUCGUGCUUCGCUUCCCAACCGCACUUCCCUCAUCGGAACACCGCUUCAUCCUGUCUGAAGCCAAGCGCGUCCUAAGGCCCGGCGGCUAUCUCGAGUUUAGUGUUCUUGACAUGGACCUUGUCAACAUGGGCAAUCGUGCUCGUCGCGCUGUCCGCGGUCUAAAGAUGAGGAUGCAAGUAGCGGACAAUAGCAUCUCGCUUCGAAACAUCAGUGACGAGGUCAUGGCCGGCAUUGGACGCAAAGGCUUUGUUGAGUGCAAUCGCUGUGUUGUUGGCGUCCCAGUUGCCGGCAAACUCCCCAGUCUAGAUGAUGUCAAGCGUACAACCACGAAGAGGAAGGGCAGCACAGCAAGCUCUGCUAGUAACACAAACAACACCAUGCCUCUGCCUAAAGGACCGAAACCCGAAGUGUCCUUCUCUGACCUUCUCAAUGCCUCCUCGUCCUCUGAGUCUACUGACAACGGCAUCACCGACAUGGUGGCGCGCGUAGGUCGGUGGUGGUACUCACGCUGCUACGAGUCGCUUGUCCUCCCUGAGGCAGGUGAACCUGGUGCCGCUACUUCCGGUAACCUCCUCGAAAACAGUAUCUGGCGCGACGAAAGCCUCAUUAACGAGUGCGAGAAGCGCGGAACUAGUUUCAAACUCCUUAUUGGUUACGCCAAGAAGCCCGAAGUUGGUGUGCGACGAACCGUCAGCGUUUAA